AUGAAGCGCGCGAUCACGCUCGAUGAGCUCGCCGUCAUCGCGCGCGCGUCGCUCGGACUCGUCGCGGAGGGCGUCUCGGCGCGCGACGACGUCGUGCGGGCGACGGUGGACGAGGAGAAGAUUUGGUUCGCGGCGCGACGCUCGAGCGACGGCGCGGGGACGAGAAAGGGAAGGUUCUUGACGUUCGCGCACGACGCGAUCGUGGCGGAUGGCGGUGCAGAUGUUUGGGACGUGCCAGGGGUGACGCGGCGGGAGGUGCGGGUCGAAGGUGCGGUGGGAUUGUCGAACGCGGCGAAGGCGAUCGCCGACGGCGAAGGCGACGGGUGCGAACGCGCGAAGACGAAGGCGUUGUUCGAUCGUGAGGCGUGCUUCGGGAGCGACGACUUGAAAGUUUUGAAGAAGAGCGACGUCGAUGCGCUCGGUCGGGCGAAAGGGUACGUCGAGCGAGAGUUGCGGUGUUUCGAGGAGGGGGCGCGGGCGUUCGCGCUCGAGGGCGGCGACGGCGCGGAAUUCGCGUACGUCGCGUUGGAGGGGGCGACGUACGCGUCGAAGAAGUUUGGCUCGAAGAGCGAAAUCGCAAAAUGGGCCGUCGUCGAAACGCGAGCGAGCGUGGCUAGAGUGUUGCGCGCGAUGCGCGCCGAGAAGGGUAUCGAAUUUAACGCCCUGGCGUUGACGAGUCGAGCGAGCGAGCAAACGGCGAGAGCCGCCGAGCGCAAGCUUCUCGGUAUCGACGUCCGGCGUCAGCUCACGACGACGAACGCGACCGCCAACGAAAACGAUCCCGAGGUCGUCGCUCAAUUCGUGCGCAAGGGCGUGCAAUGGGGCGUCACGAUCAUUCUCGUCGGCGCCGCCGCCGGCGGCGUCUUCGCGCUCCUCGGCAUGCCGCUCGCCCGCGAGCCCUUCUUGUACGCCCCGAUCCCCGGUUUUAAGCUCGAUUAA